AUGAAUAGCCCACACGAAGACGAGCAGAGGUUGUUGGAGGAGCAUAAUCAUAACGAUGACGUUGAUAAUGGCACACGCGAUAUAGACAGCCCUGAUAGCCCUGAUUUAAAUGAUUACCGAAGAGUUCCGUUAAACUCACAUAAAAAACUCAAACAUCCUCCAAACAGCAUUAGAAACCAGAAAUACAACUUAAUCACUUUCAUUCCCCUCAUUUUAUACCAACAAUUCAAAUUUUUCUUCAAUUUAUACUUUUUAUUGGUUGCUUUAUCUCAGUUUAUACCUCCGCUGAAAAUUGGCUUCAUUUCCACUUACAUAGCUCCUUUAGCCUUUGUUUUGUUGGUUACCAUAUCAAAAGAGGCCUAUGAUGAUUAUUUACGUCAAAAACGAGAUAACGAAGUUAAUUCUUCACUCUACACCACUCUAACUUCAAUUGGUUCUCAAUCAACUCCUUCAUCAUCUAUUAAAGUCGGUGACUUACUAUUCCUUGAAAAAAAUCAACGCGUACCUGCUGAUUUGGUCCUACUAAGGUGUACUGACUCUUCCGGUACUUGUUUCGUCAAAACUGAUCAACUAGACGGUGAAACUGAUUGGAAGCUGAAAGUCGCAAUCCCUUCCACUCAAUCUCUCCCCUCUGACUCUGACUUGCUCAACUUGAAGGCUGAUUUACUCGCUGCUCCUCCCAUCAAAGAUAUUCAUUCUUUCAAUGGCUCUUUACACCAUCAUGGAUCUAGUCUCUUUCAACACGCACUCCCCGCUGAACCUCUCUCUGCGGAGAACUGCUUGUGGGCCAACACCGUUUUGGCCGCUGGUUCUGCUAUCGGUGUGGUUGUCUAUACUGGUAAAGAAACAAGGGCUGUGAUGAACACUAGCAAUCCUAAAACUAAAGUUGGUUUGCUCGACACCGAGAUAAACAGACUAGCAAAGAUCCUCUGUCUAGUCACUUUCCUACUAUCUGUCGCCUUAGUAGCCUUGAACGGCUUCAGAGGCCAGUGGUUCGUCUACAUAUUCCGCUUCCUCAUUCUCUUCUCCUCCAUCAUUCCUAUCAGUUUGCGUGUUAAUUUAGACAUGGGCAAAACAGUAUACUCGAAGCAAAUUAUGAGAGAUGCAAACAUCCCAGGCACAGUAGUGCGCACAUCGACUCUCCCUGAAGAGCUUGGUCGUAUUUCUUACCUCCUCAGCGACAAAACGGGUACACUCACACAGAAUGAGAUGAUUAUGCGCAAACUGCACAUGGGUACUAUGUCAUACAGCAAUGAUUCGAUGGACGAAGUGCGCUACCAGCUUGCAAUGUGUUACGGGGCGCAAGACGACUAUGGCUAUGGCGAUAGUGAUGAGACGAAAGCACCAACACUAGUCACAGGUAUCCAGCUUGCAAAUCGCGGGCGUCGCGACAUGAGCUCGCGCGUAAAGGAUGUAAUUAUGGCUUUAUCGCUGUGUCACAAUGUCACACCCGUCACAAACGAUGACGACACCGUAUCAUACCAAGCCUCUUCGCCUGACGAAGUAGCCAUAGUGAACUGGACGGAAAGUAUCGGUAUGGCUCUCGUGCAGCGUGAUCGUCAACGCAUAACCCUGCGCACUCCCUCUGGGCUUCAUAUCUCGUAUGACAUUCUCCAACUGUUCCCAUUCACUUCCGAGUCGAAGCGGAUGGGAAUCAUCGUGCGUGACACCAUCUCUGGCAUAAUCACAUUUUACGAAAAAGGCGCAGACGUCGUCAUGCUCCCGCGUGUCCAGCGUCAGGAUUGGCUUGAGGAGGAGACGGGUAAUAUGGCGCGCGAGGGGCUGCGUACGUUGGUAGUGGCGCAGAAGGUACUCACUUCGAGCACAUAUGAUGCGUUCGAGCAGGCUUACACGAGCGCUAAAGUUGGCGUAAGUAUGGGUAGACUAGACGUAACACCUGAAAGUGUCGUCGAUCAGCUCCUUGAACACGACCUAGAGCUUCUCGGUCUCACUGGUGUAGAAGACAAGCUGCAAGAGGAUGUCAAGCCGACACUCGAACUGCUCCGCAAUGCAGGGCUCAAAAUAUGGAUGCUGACGGGUGACAAGAUUGAGACAGCAACGUGCAUUGCCAUCUCGAGUAAACUCGUCUACCGCAAUCAGUAUAUACACCAAAUAGCCAAGGCUGGCUCUGUGCAGGAAAUUAAAGAUCACCUCGACUUCCUCCAGUCAAAACCAGAUUCAUGUCUCGUCAUCGACGGUGAUUCACUUAAUCUCUGUCUAAACAACCUCAAACCGGAAUUCAUACAGGUGGCAACGCAGCUAUCUGUUGUCGUUGCUUGCAGAUGCUCGCCUACGCAGAAAGCUGAAAUCGCCAAUCUCAUCCGCUCGCACACCAGGCGGCGCGUGUGUUGUAUAGGAGAUGGUGGAAACGAUGUUUCUAUGAUCCAAGCUGCAGAUGUCGGUGUCGGUAUCGUUGGCAAAGAAGGCAAACAGGCUUCACUAGCAGCUGACUUUUCGGUGAUGCAGUUCUCUUUCCUCACUCGCUUGCUGGUGUGGCAUGGCAGAAACUCGUACAAGCGCUCAGCGAAGCUGGCACAGUUCGUCAUACAUCGCGGUCUUAUCAUAUCGAUCAUCCAGGCUGUCUUCAGUGCUAUUAUGUAUUUCGCCCCUAUCGCCAUCUACCAGGGCUACCUGAUGGUGGGAUACUCAACAAUUUACACUAUGGCACCUGUCUUUUCACUCGUGUUGGACAGAGAUGUUAAUGAGGAUCUGGCCCUUUUAUAUCCGGAGUUAUACAAGGAGCUUACUAAGGGUCGCAUACUAUCGCUAAAGACCUUCUUCAUAUGGAUGAUGGUUUCCGUGUACCAGGGUGGCGCAAUCAUGAUUAUGACGCUCGUCCUGUUUGAGAAUGAGUUCCUCAAUAUCGUCGCUAUCUCAUUCACGUCACUGAUUGUGAACGAACUUAUAAUGGUCGCGCUCGAAAUCACUACUUGGCAUCGCUACAUGGUCAUCGCGGAGAUCGUAACCCUAAUCAUUUACAUCCUCAGUAUGGUGCUUCUUCCUGAAUAUUUCGACCUUUCGUUCGUCUUCUCAUUCCGAUUCGUGUGGAAAGUUGCGGUGAUUGUUGCCGUUUCUUCCUUACCUUUGUAUGCCUACAAAGCAUUCAAGUCGAGGUUCGCACCUGCCAACUAUGCGAAAUUGUCAUGUGAAUCUGUAGGAAUAUGA